AUGGCACCUCAACACAAACAUCUACUCAAUAACGCUUCUACUCUCGUUGUAGAUUCUCUCAAGGGUUUAGUCAACUUGAACCCCAAUAUCAAGCUUGAUGAGGGACAACGAGUGAUUUACACACCUCCUUCUCAAUCUAGAGUCGCACUUCUUUCAGGAGGUGGAUCAGGACAUGAACCUGCUCAUGCUGGAUUUGUUGGACCCGGAUUACUGGAUGCGGCGGUAUGCGGAAACAUAUUCGCUUCACCAAACGUUGCUCAAAUCAGAAGAGGUGUUGAACUAGUUACAGGUGAAAAAGGUGCUUUGAUAGUAGUCAUGAAUUAUACAGGGGACGCAUUACAUUUCGGUUUAGCAGCUGAACAAUAUAGAGCUUCUGGCAAACCUGGUGAUGUUAGAGUUCUAUUAGUGCAGGAUGAUGUAGCUGUCAGUAGAGAACAAGGUACUAUAGUUGGACGAAGAGGUCUCGCUGGUACAAUUUUAGUCUACAAGAUUGCUUCAGCUCUUUCGGAUUCAGGAGCAGAUUUAGAUUCAGUCGAAGAUGUAGCUAAAUACGUCACUUCAAGAAUUGGUACAAUCGGUAUUGGACUUGAUCAUUGUCAUGUCCCUGGUACCAAAGCAGGUGAUUCUCAUCUUGAUGAAAACCAGCUCGAAUUAGGAAUGGGUAUUCACAAUGAAGCUGGUACACACAAACUUGAUCUUCCAACUGUAUCUGAAUUAGUAGAUAGCAUGUUGAAUAAAAUUACCAAUACCAAUGAUCCUGAAAGAUCUUAUAUUCCAUUUAAGAAUGAUGGUUCUGAUGAAGUCGUUUUGCUCGUCAAUAACUUGGGAGCUAUCAGUGAAUUAGAAAUUGGUGGUAUCACAGGAGAAUCUGUCAAAUGGCUUCAAAACAAAUCAAUCAAAGUUCGAAGAGUUUUAUCUGGAACAUACAUGACAUCACUCAACAUGCCAGGAUUCUCACUUUCUCUUCUUCUCCUUCCGUCUAAAUCUGAAUCUUCAACUUAUUCUUCUUCUCAAAUUUUGGAAUACCUCGAUGCGCCCGCCAGUGCUCCGGGUUGGUCAUGGUCAUCAGGUAAAGAACCUGGAGUGAUUGGUGAAAAAGUUGAAGAAGCCGCUACUCAAAAGCACGCCGCUAAAGAGGCCGAUCUCGCCCCUACCGACUCUGGAGAAUUUAUAUCUGCCAUCCAAAGAUCUUGUAAAGCUCUCAUCGCAGCUGAACCAGAAUUGACUGAACAAGAUCAAAUUGCAGGAGACGGAGAUGCAGGAUUAACUUUGGAAGCAGGUGCUAAAGCGAUCUUGAAAGCAAUUGAUUCAGGUAAAAUAAAAGGUCAAAAUGUGAUUGAAGAUAUUGGUGUGAUAGCAGAAGUAGUAGAAGAAGAUAUGGGUGGUACUUCAGGCGCAUUGUAUUCUAUUUUCUUCGCUGGUUUAGGCAAAGCUUUAAGAGAUCAAUCUACUUCUGGUGAAAACAAAACUACUCUUAAAGUUUGGUCAAAAGCUUCUGAAGAAGCUCUGACUACUCUUUAUAAAUACACCCGAGCGAGACCACCUUCUAGAACUUUAGUUGAUCCUCUAGAAGCUUUCAUCGCUUCGCUGCCUUCCAAAGGUCUUAGCGGAGCUGCUGACGACGCUCAUGCAGCAGCUGACAAGACUAAGGAAUUAGUGGCUAAAGCAGGAAGAGGUGCUUAUGUCAAUCAGGAAGAUUUGAAAAAGAGAGAAGUACCAGAUCCAGGUGCUUGGGGUAUCUGGAGAAUCGUUGACGGUUUAAGAGGAUUUGAAGCUUAA